AUGCUAUUGCGUUAUCCGCGCUUUCCUUUCCAGAUUUUCAAGAACAAUACUAUACCGUACUACGUAAAAAUUCAAAAUUACGGACUAGGCGGGGACUGUAAGUCAGUUCAAGUCUAUAGCAGGCUUGGAAGUACCUGGCAUGCUCGUUUUCGACAUCUGGUUUAUUCAACAGUGGAAACAAAGCCAAUUAUCUUCUGCAAUGACACCAUUGCGAACGUAACACAAGACGGCGAAAAAAACUUUGUCACGUACAACACGAAAGAGGGACAGAAUGAAAAGCAAGAGCUUAUUUACAUCAACAAUAAUGAAACAUGCUGGAUCUUUCAAGCUGUCAAGACUGCGGCUAGUGAUAGUGGAUCCACAGGGCCCAACAAAUGCCAUCUCUUUGUCACCAAUGAAUACCUAAAUGGAGACGUUCCUGAGGAUUGCAUGAAUAUUUUCAAGAAGAAUUGCAGCGAGGAAACUAUAAGUUCAUACAUAGGCCUUUGUAGAACUUACCCAGAAGAUCGAACGUCUUGCACACCGGUGACACCACUCGGCUGUUGAUGCUGCUGAGACAUAUAUGCAUUCUCUUUAUGCAUAUAUAAAAGCCAAUAAAUCCUACUACUUCUGACUACA